AGAGUUUUCAAGAAACAUGUAUGUGUAUAUAUUUUACAUAGAUUACAGUACAAAGCACACAACUUUCGGCACAUUUCUGGGUUUGGUGUUCUCUCUGCUUAUUUGCUGGACAUACAUGGGAUAAGUCGUACAUUUCAUGGGAAUAAUAGAAGAUAAUGAACCACCCUUGAAGCGUUUGAAAGGUCCCCCGAGUGUUACAAAGGAGGGCAUGCUUUAUAAACUGACAGCAUCAAGCUCUGCUGGCGACUCAAUGGCUAGGGCACUUUCUUUCAAAAGAGACGAUGAAACAGUCGGUCUGAAAGGAAUUAUUAAGAAGCAGGAAUUCGUGAAGAUUAUUAACAGAGCACUCUAUUGUCUUGGUUAUAGUAAGACGGCAACCGUUCUGGAAGAAGAAUCAGGCGUACCAUUACGCUCAUCAGCCGUAAACUUGUUUAUGCAGCAAGUAGUGGAGGGAAAAUGGGAUGAAUGUCUUGCUACAUUGCAUCAUAUUGGUCUUACAGAUGAAGUUAUUUAUAAAUCGGCAUCUUUUUUGUUAUUGGAGCAGAAAUACUUGGAUCUUUUGAGGGAAGGAAAAUUCAUGGACGCUCUACUUGCUUUAAGAAAUGAAAUUGUUCCCCUUUCUAUCAAUGUUGACCGAGUUCAUGAACUUUCAGCCUAUAUUAUAAACCCUUCCCAGUUUUUGGCCCUUGGACUUUCUGAUCAGGACACUGCUACUGCAAUCUCAAGAGCGAGCUGUUUAGAAAAAUUACAGAAGUUGCUUCCUGCGGCUAUCUUGAUUCCUGAACGAAGGUUAGAGCAUUUAAUCGAACAAGCUCUUGAUGUGCAGAGAGAUUCUUGUGUGUUUCACAAUACUCUGAAUAGUGAUCUAUCAUUGUAUUCAGAUCACCAGUGCGGAAAAGAUCACAUUCCUUCCGAGACAUUACAGAUAUUGCAAGAACAUAAGGAUGAAGUAUGGUUUCUGCAAUUUUCUCAUGAUGGCAAAUAUUUGGCAUCUUCCUCCAAGGAUCAGACUGCUGCUGUAUGGGAGGUGAAAGAGAAUGGUCAGCUGAUUUUGAAGCAUAUUUUAUCAGGCCAUCAAGGGGCGGUUUCCAUUAUCUCAUGGAGACCUGAUGACUCUCAACUUUUAACAUGUGGAGCAGAGGAGGCUGUGAGACGCUGGGAUGUUUGUUCUGGUGAAUGUCUCCAUGUCUAUGAAAAGGCUGGUGUUGGCCUUAUAUCUUGUGGUUGGCUGGCUGAUGGCGAUGGGAUUAUCUCCGGAAUGUCUGACAAGAGCAUUUGUUUGUGGGAUUUGAAUGGACAUGUGGUCGAAUGUUGGAAAGGACAGCGCAUUGAGAAUAUAUCAGACAUGGUUGUUACAAGCGAUGGAAAGAUUAUUAUAAGUAUUCGUGGAGGGAAUACAUUACUCCUGUAUAACAGGGAGUCAAGAUGUGAUAAAAUGAUAGAAGAAGAAGAAAUAAUUACUUCAUUCUCACUAUCGAAAGACAACAAGUUCUUGCUCGUUAAUAUUGUGAAUCAAGAAAUCCAUCUCUGGUGCAUAGCUGGAGAUCCGAAGAUGGUAUCCAAGUUUAAAGGCCAUAAACGUACCCGAUUCCUUGUGAGAUCUUGUUUUGGAGGUUUUGAACAAGCAUUUGUUGCCAGUGGGAGUGAAGAUUCUCAGGUAUAUAUCUGGCACAGAGGCACGGGAGAGCUUCUGGCAAAGCUUCCAGGUCAUUCUGGAACAGUCAAUUGUGUCAGUUGGCAUCCUACUAACCCUCACAUGUUGGCUUCUGCCAGUGAUGAUUUUACAAUCCGAAUAUGGGGCAUUACGACUCCGAAGUGUGAAGGUGCAAAUCAUUACAAUGGGAGACAUUACCAUCAACCCAACGGGAGAACAUGAUAUGUUUCUUUAUGAGUCAAAAUUUUCUCAUCUGGAGCUUCUACCUCCCCCAACAUCUCAUAUGUACAAAAAGAUAAUCUGAUGGUUUUUCUAAUCAACAAUGUGCGAGCUGAAAGCACCUCGAUGAUCAAGUAUCUUCCCUCUGCACUGCACUGAACAAUGUAGCUUUCUACAAUCUACUUGGUUUUUUCCAUUGCCACUGUAUGUGCUGAAAGCACCUUGAUAAUCAAGUAUCUGGCCUCCUGUGUUGCAUCAGACAAUGUAGCUUAUCUACGACCCUACUCGUUCUUUCUGAUUGACGUAGUAUGAGCUUAAAACACAUCGAUAAUCAUCUGGCUUCCUGUAUUGCACUGAACAAUGUAGCUCAUCUCAAUCCUACUAGUACCAGUAUUUUCUCGCAUC